UGGCAUCACUUAUUUUAAUUUUUAUCAAAACUUUAAAACCCUCUUAUGUAAUCUCUAUAUAUAUAACCUUCAAACAAUAAGGCAUUUGCAUUAUCAGUCUCACUAAUUCACAAAAAGCUUAUCUCCUAUAUUCAAAGCCAAAAAUGUCAACCAACAUUGAUAUCCAAGAGUCAACCAAAGAAACUAAAGGAAAAGCUGCUUUAAUUGCAUCCCCUGCAAGGCCAGGAGGAUGGAAAAAGGGCAUAGCCAUAAUGGAUUUCAUUCUAAGGUUAGGUGCCAUAGCGGCCGCUCUCGGCGCUGCGGCCUCCAUGGGAACAAGUGAUCAAACUCUCCCUUUCUUCACUCAAUUCUUUCAGUUUGAAGCUAGCUAUGACAGCUUUACUACCUUCCAGUUUUUUGUUAUUACAAUGGCAAUAGUGGCUGGCUACUUGGUCCUGUCUCUACCUUUCUCAAUAGUAGCCAUCAUUCGCCCCCAUGCACCUGGACCAAGGCUUUUUCUCAUCAUCCUAGACUCUGUGUUUCUGACUCUGGCUACUGCUAGUGCAGCUUCAGCUGCUUCAAUAGUAUACUUAGCACACAAUGGGAAUCAGGACACAAAUUGGCUUGCAAUUUGCAAUCAAUUUGGAGAUUUUUGUGCACAAACAAGUGGAGCAGUCGUGUCAUCAUUUGUUGCUGUUGUUGUUUUUGUCUUCUUAGUUGUCAUGUCUGCUUUGGCUCUUGGAAAGCAUUGAAAAUUAAGAUUGAAUUACUUGUGUUAUUACUUUUGUGUAUGUUUGUUCUGUUUCCUAAAUCUCCUUAUAAAUUUCUUAGGUUUUUUUGAAGUCAUGAUAGUGAUUACAUGUUGUAUCAAUUUGGUUAGAUGUUGUGAUGGAAUAUUUUUAUAACAAUUGUGAUUUUAUAAA